AUGCAUGUCCUCCUUCUAGGUGGCCACGGCAAAGUGGCCUUGCAUCUGACCCCGCUCCUUCUCGCCCGCUCCUGGAACGUCACCAGCGUCAUCCGCAACGCAGAGCACGAGAAUGAGAUCCUCGCCCUGGGCCAGGGCGCCCAAGGCAAACUGGACGUCCUCCUCUCCAGUUUAGACGACGUCAAGAGCGAUGCCGACGCAAAGAGCAUCCUCGACCGCGUUUCCCCGGAUUAUGUGGUGUGGUCGGCAGGCGCCGGCGGCAAAGGUGGUCCCGAUCGUACCUUUGCCAUCGACGAACGCGCCGCCAAACACUUCCUAUCUGCCUCAUUUGCGCAUCCCUCGGUGACCAAGUUCCUCCUCGUCUCCUGGCUGGGCAGCCGACGUGUCCAACCGUCCUGGCUGAACGACGACGAGUGGGCCGGUCUGCAGAACGUUUUCUACAACGUCCUCCCCACCUACGCCAAAGCCAAACUCGAAGCAGACGAGUACAUGACCGCGCUGGCGGCGCAGCGCAAGAAACUCGUCGCAACGGGCGCCGCGCGGCCCCUGCAGGCCAUCAAUCUGCGACCGGGGACCCUGACCGACACGCCGGCCACCCGGACAGUGGACCUGGGGAAGACCAAAAAGGGUCGCGACAAGGUGACCCGCGAGGAUGUGGCGAUCGUCGCGGAUCAGCUGCUCGCCCGCGAUGACACAGACGGGUGGUACGAUCUGCUUGAAGGGUCUGAACCUGUCGAGCGAGCUGUGGACCGGGUCGCCAGGGAGAAGAUCGACGCCGUCGACGGCGAAGACGUCGAUGCCAUGGUGAACCGUUUCGGUCUGGGAACCGUUUGA